UUAGUUUUUGAUAGAGGAAAUUGUGAAAAUAAUUUAUAAUAGAAGCAUAAUACGUGUCUCGAAAUAUCUUCUUACACUUACAAGGUCUCAAAACAUCGAGAAUAUAAUAAAAAAUCUGUGAAAACACGAAAGCAUCUUAUUUGCCAACACUCAGCUACGCUCAACCUCGCUAAGAUCCUUUGUCACGGGCAGACCUGUCAUGUUUAUCAUAAUUAGUUUUAUUUGUUGUCGCCGCUAACACACGUAGUGUCACGGACACACGUUCUUUGUUUUAUGACCAUUUCUCACGUAAAUGUGCUCUAAUUAACCUGGUAUUUAUGAAGGCUCGACUUAGCUAGGAACUUGGGUUUUGCAAUCAUGUUUCGGUUUUUGUGAUAUUGUUUUGAACUUGGAGACGAAUUAACCCUCCAGAAACUUCUAGACGCCGUCAAAAUCCGACGUACCUAUGAAUACAAGAAAAAAUAUAUUUUUUCGUGAACAAUGUAUUGAAUCAUUCAGUUUAUGAACAAAAACCAACAAUUCAAAACAAAAACCGUAUCCCAGCACUUGUAAAAAUGAAUGCACUUUGAACUCGGCAAGAAAUCUGACCGGUCGUUGGGUAAAGAAAACCCGACUUUUUGCUAAGGGCUUUAAGUUUCGUAUUCGUUGGUCGUGACGUGAGACUUGUGUCCUUGUAUCCGCGUGGGAGUAGGAAGGCAUGUGAUUGGCGAAGCAAGCGCGGGCUAUUCAAUUGCGGCUCGGAUAGCGGCGCGCGCGCACUUUCGCAAAACUUCAGUUAAGUUUUCGCUUUCAUCCGCUGAGAUGAGGUGCGCACGUGUUUAGUAUAUUGUGGGCAUUUAUUGUUAUAUUAAAUAAAAUGCUGUCGACCAAAUACUAUAGGUGACAUCUUGCUUUCGGCAAACUGUUACCAGGACUGAAAACGAAAAAAACUUCAUAAAGUGAAGUGUAAAGUGAGAAGUGAGACUGAAGAAAUAAUUAUAAUUAUUUUUCUAUAGUUAAGUGACUGAAAAAAAAAUUAGCCAAAAUGACCGGUUUUGUGAAAAUUGCUAUCGAUGAUUACUAUUCUGAUAGUAAUUGGACGACGAUUAUAAACAAAUAUUGGAUGCUAGCAGAACGAGUGUCAGACCCCCGGGUCCAAGGAUGGUUCCUCUUCGACACCCCGUUACCGACACUCGCCAUGGUCUGCGUGUACCUCGCGUUCGUGAUGGUCUGCGGGCCGCUGUACAUGGCCAACAAGAAACCCUUCCAGAUACAGAACACCUUAGUGUGGUACAAUGCCUUCCAAGUCAUGCUGUCACUGUAUAUGUUUUAUGAGCACCUGAUGUCGGGUUGGUGGGGCGACUACAGUCUAUCGUGCCAGCCAGUGGACUACAGCGACAGUGAUAAAGCGAGACGGAUGCUCCACCUAUGCUGGGUCUACUACUUCUCCAAGCUGUCGGAGUUCGCGGACACCGUGUUCUUUGUUCUCCGUAAGAAGAAGAGUCAGAUCACUUGGCUGCAUCUCUACCAUCACUCGCUGACCCCCUUCGAAGCCUGGCUGCUUGUUAAGUUCAUUGCUGGCGGUCACGGAACCUUCUCGAACAUCGUGAACAACCUCGUGCAUGUGAUCAUGUACAGCUACUACAUGCUGGCGGCCAUGGGACCCCAUUACCAGAAGUACCUGUGGUGGAAGAAACACCUCACUACACUUCAACUUAUCCAAUUCUUCAUGGUGCUGUUCCAUUCGAUCAGCGCCUUGGUGUACGACUGUGGAUAUCCAAAGAUCAUCGCAUCUGGUUUGAUUCUCCAUUCAUCGAUCUUCAUCGUCCUGUUCACGAACUUCUACAUCCAAGCUUACAAAGACAAACCAAAGAACCGAGUAGCAAAACCAGUGAACAACAACAACAAUGAAGAAACUCAUCUUUUCAACGGCAAAAGCGAGCCCAAUGGUCACAUUAAAAAUGGUGAUCUAAACGGACAUCUCAAAAACCGAGAACAAAAUGGAUACGCCAAAAACGGUGAUCUGAAUGGAUAUGUUAAAAAUGGUGAUGCGAACGGCUACACAAGGAAUGGAGACAUCAAUGGCUAUGCAACACAUGAGAUUCAUGGAAUGAACGGAUUUCUGAACACGAAUGGUCAUUUGACAAAUGGUUAUACGAACAGUCAAGUGCUAUACGACGCGACAGUUAAGGAAAAAGUGCAUUAGCCUCUACUUUACGUUAGAUUGUACUUUUUAUAUCAUAUUAGUUUGUUUGGAGAGUCGAAGGUACUUUGGUGUUUGUACCUUUAAUGGAAAUAAAACGAACUCAGUGACUGUAGAAAGUGUAAUUUCUAUAGUUCGUUUCUCGUUGCGUUAACAUCAAAUAUAACAACACGUUUUUUAUCAACGAUAUGAGUUUAAAUCGGUUUUUUGAAUGACGACGAUGAAUGUUAAUCGAUUCGAAAAUUAUUGUCAAUAAAAAUAAAAGUUGGUGCGAAAGAAUGCAGUAAAAAAUUUGAACUCAAUUUAGGGAAUUGAGGGCCAUUUUUUUACUGUUUGCUUUUAUUGCAAUUUUGUAGGUACAGCUUGCCAUAAGAAAAACGUUUUUUUUUCCUUGGCAAUAAAUUAUGUAAUUCAUCAUACCUUCGAUUCUCCUUCAAAUGUUGUACAGUUAAAACCAGUGUAAUUAUAACUUUAAACAUCUUAUGAAAAGAUUGUGGUAAACUUGUAAAUAAUUUGGCAACAUUUUACGGUAUACUUUUUCCCUAUAUACGUAUUUCCUAUAUUAACAGUUUAACAUUUAAACUACCUCAUGAGUGGACUUAUACUAUACUUACUUUAAGUGGCGAAAUAUAUUUGUGAAAUGUAUAUUCACUCAAAUUGAGAUUUUUGUUAUAUUUCUUACCCUCUUUAAUUGUUUAUACUAAAAUACUUGCCAAAGUACAUUGGUUCCAUUGCUUCCAUCCAUACUGAGCUUUAUUUAGUUAUAAGUAAAAAUAACUGUAAAUAAAGUGUUAAAUUAUUU